AUGAGCGAAGUUGGUCCUUUCAAGACGGACGUUGUGCACGUCGGAAGAUUUGGACGCUCCUCUCUUCCCGUAGACGGCGUCCUUCUUCCCGCUGACCGAGGUAGAGGGGACGUUAUCGGGUGCUCAGUCCUUAUCGUUGCCCGCAGGCAAAGGCCCAGGCAAAAAGCCAAAUGCGGCAAACGAGGUGGUCCGUGCUUUUUUGUGCCAUGUCGAGCCAACGAUGAGGAACCUUUCGGAGCAUACUUCGUAGUUCCUCCAGGCACAGUUUUUUUGUUAUCCAUUCACCUCGUGCACCCGCAUGCAAUGGAGCCCGAAAAUCCGUAUUCCGGGAAACUUGUGCCGUCAAGUUGUCCCCCGUGCUUACCGGCUCUCAGAGACAUCGUCACAAACGAUGUAGCAAUACUGCAAGUUUCUCAACCACCGGUCUACGCAGAGGGGCUGAACCAGCUCGCGUACCUCGAUGUUCACAACCGCUCCUCGCAGAAACAGGGAUUCGUCGUUUACCCCUCGACUCCGAAAAUCGAGACCCCAUCUGUUGCUGAAAUGAACAUGCGCAUCCGGGUCUUCCAAGCUUCCAAAUUACUCAAAGGUGAUAAUGGCACCAUCCGUUUCGCGCUGCCCUAUGCUCCACCGCUGAAUUGGGGUAACUUUAACCCCAAGGUACAACCUGGCAUCAUCGUCAUCGCCGGCAGCAGGUCAGCGAACGAAGAUUUGACCCUCGGGCAUACCGGCGGAAUUCGGCCUAUACCAUCUGGCAGUGACUGGAAAUUAGUAUCUACGGGGCCCAGGAACGGACAACAAGCGAAGAACGUCUGUGUCCUGAGCGCUCCGGCUGGUAGCGAACCUUUUAUCCUCACAGAUACGGACAUGGAGGCGAGGGGCUUCGCUACUAUGGCAGAAAACCUAAACCCAGGAGUGUUCCAAAUUUUGACCGAUGAGCUACUCGGCACAAACAAGGAUUCCAUCGUGUACGCAGGUAUCGGCGCCGUCAAUCCGAAUUUUCCCAACGAUGUCGUACCUAUCGUCACUUGGGACGUUAUAUCCACUACCAAAUACACGGUAACGGCGGACAUGAGAUCCUGGCAAGUUGGUGCAUUGUCCAACAGCGCACCUGCGACUGCACUCGACUUGUCGGCCUUGCCACCUUCGUUCCCAGUCACCUUUGCACCUGCACCAGAAGAACACGCUACUAGUGUCUUCUUCGAGGCUAGCAACCUCUUUAGUAACGAAGCCUAA